AUGCAUGUUACUCCUGGAACCCUUGCAGAGUUUGAUAUCGUUCUUUCGAUUUCCGAGGAGGCAAUCAACAGACAGUUGAGGCUUCUCUACGACAAGAAGAUUGAUGACGAUGACCUCCCUGUUCCAACUGAGAUCGAAGGUCUAGCACCUGCCGCACAAGCAAAAUAUCUCAUCAAUCACGAUCUCGAGAUUCAUACCAGAAAUGAUCAUGGUGAAACUAAUAUGGAAGGUGGCAUUUCGGGUCAUAUCACUUGCCCCAAAAUCAGCUUCACAGAUGUUCCAUCACCCAACGACUUUCACACUGCUCGAAUCAGCUUCCAGUUUGAGUGCGUUGAAGGUGCUGCGAAGCCAAACAGUACCUACACCGAAUGGAGUAACAUGAUGCCCAGACGCACCACUAUCGACGGUUGGACCGUGUCAUGGCUUGUUGAGAUUGGGCGGAAAGAGAUCAAUAAUGUCAUGGAGGACUUGAUCACACCACAUGCAAACAACAAUGACUCGACAAAGCUUCACCCAAAGGCAGUUGAAGAGUUGAAAAAGGUCAUUGACAGUCGCUGCUACUUGGUCUCCUCAGUCUUCUGUCUACUCGAUGCCUCUCAUUCUUUCGAGUUUCGAGAUCCGAACGGCAAACUCGCCAAUGAGAUACUCGGGCAAGAUUGCGUGGAUCUCGUGCGCAAUUACUUUACAGGUCUCAAAGUACCACAGGGUACCGUCACCCCGGAUAACCCCUUUGUGCUCGGCUACGGUAUCUCGCAGCAAGUGCCAGAUAUCCGGGAAAUUUACCCCCAAGCCAAUCCUGACCUGACCCCACGCUUCUUCAUUCCCAAGAAGUUUCAGCUGACAACGACCCCCGGUAAUGUGCAACCAGAUGGAACAAAGUUCACUAAUGGCACAUUAAACUAUUGCAUGUUGACCUAUCGCGACUACUUGCCCGGAACCAAGACAGAGAAGCCAGGACGCAAUGAAGGAGAUGUGGAUCCUGAACGGAAUCCGCAUGCAGGACUCUUGCCCGAGACCUUUUUCGACACGACUCGUACAGGUGCCCAUGAUGGUGUGAUGGGAUUCUGCAAGGAUCUAAUCAUGGAUCAAUUUAUUUGUGAAGUCAUAGGAAAGAGCUUUUAUGCUGAUCCAAGCCUCAUUUUCAAACAACAAGGGGGCGGAGAUUUUAGAGGGUCUGCAUCAUCAUCGUGGACUCCUUCGACCGCCGGACGUCCACCCUCAUGGACUUAUGGGGGCGAUUUUAAAAUCGAACCGAAGGAUAUCGAGGGCACAGGGUAUUUCAGAGGCUUCUAUAACGCAAUGAAGUGGUCCGCAGGACAUUCUAGGGUCACUGUCAGCAUUGAGUCCGACCUCUUGGACAACCCAACUAAUGUGACACGCAUUGAUGCUCAGCGGCGAUCUUACAUCACACUUAUCUCGGACACCGAGAUCAGAACGAUGCACGAAACUCGAUCCUCACUGGGAAAGCUCACUAAUGAAACCUGGACUGAGCAAUAUUUGGCAACCUUGUACAUGAAGUACAAAGUGCGUCUGAUUCUGUCACCGGGCAAUGCUGGCGUUUGGGAUGUUAUCGUGGACCAUGCAAACACCAUUCUGCCAUCCUACGGGGGUGGAGGGAGCCAUCUCGACGUGAAGUGGGAUAAUCCCAAUGGCCGGUUCGGAAGUUUCGUUACUGGACAAGCCAGGAACAAGAUCUGGUCGAUUUUUGGAUCUGAAGAUGAUCUUAAAUCGCGCAUGCAUCAAGUUAGCUAUAGUGGUGAUGCAGCGGCUGGGAGCUUGUCGCAGAAGCUGACGGCCAUGUUGAGCAGCAUGCAGAACCGCGUUAUCAUGCCUGCUGGCGACGUAUUCAUGUUCACGGGCAUUGACAUCGACGGUACUGGAAAUCUGUACUCGCAUGUCAGCUAUGCCCAAGGAGCUGAAGGGGCGAGACGGAUAUGA